AUGCCACGUCUUCCUCCUGCCCUAAUCCGCCAGGCGAGCUCCCAAAACCCACUCCUGGCUCUCCUCCUCCGGGUGUGUCGCGACCUUCCCUCUGCUCGUAACGAGCUUCGAUGGCUCCAAGAGCACGCUCGCGAUGUCGUCAAGGCAGGGAGAUAUGCUAGCCACGAGGACCCGCCCCCUCCUGAUGUUCCCGGGUUGAAUCCAGCCGAAGAGACGAGGUCUUGCGACCAGCGGGUUGCAGAACGUGAUGGUAUUAUGCAGACACCACAGGAUGUGCCCAAUUGGAAAGCCAUUGGUCGACGACGGAUGAGAAAAGAAGCCACGAUUCCGGCGCAGACUGAACAGAGCAUUGCCCGUCCCCCUCGAUUUGCGAAAAGAAGGUUGUGGAACGACGAGGGCCUGAUCAAUAGCGAAGCAGACGAGCAUGCUCAGGUGCAAAAGAUUCUGUCCCAGAAUGUGGUCAAGAGAUCAAAAGGCAUGCCACUCCAAUACAUCAUCGGCAACCAGCCCUUUGGUAACUUGGACAUCCUCUGCAGGCGUCGUGUCUUGAUACCUCGGCCAGAGACAGAGAUGUACACUGAAAAGGUCGGCAACCUGCUAUUGCCGGCACUUCCAUCUAUUUGCACCUCCAUUGGGUUGGGGCCACGGAAUCACAGGACGUUCCGAAUUUUGGAUCUCUGCACUGGAACUGGAUGCAUUGCUCUACUUCUCCAUUCGAUCCUGAAGCCACCUGUGAGUGGCUCUGAUUUCAAGUCGGCUAUACCAUCAAAUAUCGAUUUUAAAAUCCUCGGUAUUGACAACAACCCGGUCGCCGUGUCACUAGCCCAAAAGAAUCUGGCACACAACAUUACACAGAAAUUGUUGCAUCCGGACGCGGCCAACGAUGUGUCCUUCCAGAAUGUUGAUGUUCUGGCAUUGGCCAAGAAAGGGGCCGACGAAAUACUCAGGAUCCUCAAUGCUGCUGCGGCCAGCGUCGGUGAGAAGGGGGAGGACUCUUCCUCUCCAAGUGCGUUGUGGGACAUGAUCAUCUCUAAUCCUCCAUAUAUUGGCCCUAAGGAUUACGAGCCUGGUGGGAAGACGGAGCUGAGCGUGCGUAACUACGAGCCCAAAGAGGCGCUGGUUCCCACCUUCGCCCGAGGUGAAGACGGGCACUGUUAUCGAUCCUCUUCGAUCGUCCUGGCCGACCUAUUUUAUUGGCCGCUCAUGCGCAUCGCUGGAGCUGUCGGCGCCCGACUCCUAGUCAUGGAAGUGGGCGACUCGGAACAGGCGUCUCGAGUAUGCAAGCAGUUCUUCCAGAACGACAGCUCGGCCACGACUCCGGGCGAACCCACACCACGGCUCGAAACGUGGAGAGAUGACGGGUCCGUGAGGAUCGUUCCCGCACGGCCGCCUCCUCCACAGUUCGGCGCCGAUUUCGCAGAAGCAACCGACCUGGGCAUUUCGGAUCGAGCGGUUGUCGUGUGGACGAGUCAGAUGGCCGACUGGCGUCGUGGUACUCUUCCUGCUUCGAAUCCUGACCUCGACAAGACAUUUAUUUUACCUGAAUCCCAUCCAUGGCACGAGAUGAGACGCCCAGCUGGGUGCAGAAGCAGCUAG